GUCGGAAGGUUUCUCGCGCGAGACUUGCCACCGAGCAGGUUCCAGGAAACACGAGCGGGCGAGCACCGCCGGAGAUAAAUAAACGCUCGUGAAUUUUUCUCAACUCGCAAAUGAAUCCCGUGACUCUUUCGGUGUGUGUUUUGUCACUUCCACACAUACAACUUCGGCGCGUGUGUACGUGUGUACGUUGAUUGGACAUGACGUAAGAUCUGUUACCUUCUGCAGCGAAACACGCUCAUUCGCUCAGACGCGGUGUGUACACACACAUGUAUGAAUAUCGUUUGAUAUUCAUUCGUUCGCCCUUCUUCGGCUGAAACUAAAAGUAGUAGGCAAACAUCUUCGUCGGGUGGGGGACAGAUGACAGAUUCGGCAUUGAUAAGGAAAGCGCUCUGAUAAAGGAACGUAUAAAAUCAACGGCGCCAUAAAUAAGGCGUCGCUCCAUGCGUAACUCGUCGAAAUCCGGGCGCCGUUAAGUUCGUGCCGUGAAGACCCGUGCUUCCUGGUAGCAUUAGAGUGUUUCAUCGCUAUCUCUUCCUGUAAUAAGAAGAAAUAAGAGAUGGACCAGUCCCGUGUCAAACGACGGCCUCAAUAUUUAGCAGCGAUCACGGCCACCAUAUCGCUGGCAAUUACCGGGUCUCACAUAGGCUGGACGUCACCCAUCUUACCGAUACUGAAAUCGACCGAGUCCCACGUGCCGAUAACGUCCGACGACGCCUCCUGGAUCGCGUCGUUUUAUCUGCUGGGCACCAUACCCGGCUGCGUCCUAGCGGCUUUCAUAGUCGAUUGGCUCGGUCGGAAGACGAGCCUGCUGAUAGCCGGCGUGCCAUUGACCGUCGGCUGGUUGUUGAUCGUCAUCGCGUGGAAUCCGUAUGUCCUCUACACGUCGCGCUUUAUCAGCGGCAUCGGCCAGGGCGUCGUGUACGUCGUCUGUCCGAUGUACAUCGGCGAGAUCGCCGAUAAGGAGAUCAGAGGCUCCCUCGGCUCCUUCAUCAAGCUGAUGGUGACGUUCGGGGAAUUGUACGCCCACGCGGUCGGCCCGUUCGUCUCCUACGACUGCCUCGCUUACGUCUGCCUGCUCAUCCCGUUGGCCUUCUUCCUGACCUUCGCGUGGAUGCCCGAGUCGCCGUACUUCCUGCUAAUGAGGAACCGCAACGAGUGCGCGAUGGCGAGCCUGAGGACCCUGAAGCGCAACGCCUCCGAGGACCAGCUGGAGGAGGAGCUGGAACAGAUGCAGAAGACGGUGAUCCGCGACCUCAGCGAUCAGGGUCGCUUCCGGGACCUCUUCAGCACGCCCGGCAACAGACGCGCCGUCAUCAUCAGCUUCGGCCUGCAGCUGAUUCUCCAGUUUAGCGGCAUAUGCGCGAUCGAGUCGUACACCCAAGAGAUCCUCGAGGAAGGAGAGGCCGGUCUGCCGGCGAGCAUCGCGGUCAUCCUCCUGAGCUUGUUUCAGUUGGUCGCCGGUGUCGGUGCGGCGGUUCUGGUCGACAGGCUCGGCAGGCGACCGUUGCUCUUGAGCACCACGUUGUUGGGCGGGAUCUCGUUGACCAUCGCUGGCACCUUCUACCUGCUGAAAACCGAGCUGGCGAUAGACACGGCCGGCUACGGCUGGAUACUGCACGCCUCCGUCAUAUUCUACGAGCUGAUCAUCGCGCUCGGGCUGAACCCGCUACCCUACAUGAUGCUGGGCGAGCUGUUCCCGACCAACGUCAAGGGCGCAGCCGUGUCGUUGGCUAAUCUGGUCUCCUCCUUGUUGGCUUUUAUCGUUUCCAAGAUGUAUCAGGUGAUCUCCGACUUUUGCGGGGUGUACGCGGCCUUCGGCUGGUUCGCCAUCAGCUGCUUCCUCGGGGUGAUCUUCAUCGUCUUCGUCGUGCCGGAGACCAAGGGCAAGUCGCUGCUGGAGAUUCAGGAGGAGCUCCAUUGCAAGAAGAAGAGCAAGAGGACGGGGCAAGAGCAGAAGUUGAAGAACGAGCAUAUCCAAAUAAAAAUUAGAAGCGACACGCGUAUCUUGGAUUACGGGACCUUCGGCAGGGAACUAACCUCAGGCCGGCUACGACCAGGGCCGAUCGUAAAGAGGAGACCUCACGAGCAACGGUAAGAUCAAUUGUGAUACUCGGAUAAAGUCGGAUUGAUCCUUGACGCUGCGAGAUUUCAAUCUCGUUCCGUUGGAACGAAAUUCCGCAAUAUUGCCGCUUUACUCGAAUUGUUCGCGCGAGACAAUUCGAGAGAGAGAAAGCAUUUCCUGCCGAAAGUCGGCGACCAAUUUACGCGCGCGCGCGCGUCAACGCGCGGAGGUAGAUUUCGAAAUUUGAGAGGAAAUUCUGAGAAUCUCUAUACGUUGCUAGUUGCAAAGUCCUUUGCAUUUCAAUUAGGAUCGAUUAAAAAAGUCGCGGGAAUAUUCGUCCUCCUUCGUGUUUCGCUAGCGACGUGAAAACGCGAGAUGAAACUGUGAAACUCCGAACGAGAUCUAAAUUUAUCAAGUAUUAGAAUUCGAAGAUUCGUUAGUUGCAAGGUUAGAUCGUAAGGUUACUUAGCGCUUAAGGAAGGGCCCUUAUAUUCCAUUUGAGAAGGCGCUUCGAUCGAAGUAACGAGCUCGUCCAAAGAGCCAAAUUUCCGAUCGAGAUAGCAUCAGUGUCACGGCUAGGGGAAAGACUCGCACUCGAGAUAAAUUAAGAUGCCGGGUACGAGCAAACUUUAGGCUCGGGCGCAAACAAGGCGCCCGUCACCUGUGCAAACGCACAUCUUAAUUAAAAACAAAAGAGAAAACGACGCGACGUCGUUUCGUGCUACGUAGAAGCAAGGGAGGAGGGAUAGAUAACGGUGUAAAUUUAGCCGUCGCUGUUUGUCGACACACUCGUCGAGCGAGUUAGCGAAUCAAUCCUUUCAUUCGCGAGGCGAAGGCACGAGUCAUUCACACAGCGGCACAAGCCGUGCGCGCGCGCGAGUGCGAACGAGCGUAAAGAUAUCUUUGUCGCCCGAUUACCGCCUCGCUCUCUGAUUGCAUCGAUUCGGGAACGACGACGACGACGACGUUAACUCGAUCGGGCAGAAGCUCAUGGGCGAACUCGCGGCCGAGAACAAUGCGAAUUUACAGUGUGUCGGUGGUUUCCGGGAAAAUUGUUCCAGGGAGGAACCACGUCCCACGGCGCGGAAUCCAUCGUACAUCCAACGUGCGUUAGCUAGGGCACCGAUCACGGUAGAGCAAACUCGCAUGACCAGCUUUUUUCCCCUUUUAGGCAGGGUUAAAUACGGAAGUUUCUGAGACUGAUAGCUUUUAGUUAAUCGUAAAGUAUUUAUUCAUCGUCUUGGGCGAGUACCGAACAGGCGGCGAGGAAGGAAGAAGGAGACGACGAAGAUUCGACAUUGUCAGUCCGGUUGUCGUUUUUUUUUUUUCUUCUUCUUUUUUUUUCGAGGCGACUCUUGAUACAUUUCCCCGGGUCUUCGUCAACUCUGCUCUCUGGAUUUCUCGGUGUGAAGUUCCGCUCGGCGAGCGAACAUUCCUCCCGAUGAAGUUUCCGGCGCGUCGGAUCAGCCGCGAGCGAUCGCAAGCCGCUGUUUACGAAUUUGCACAAUAAUCGAUUUCAACGGCGAAGCGAACGACAAAAAUGUGAGCGGCGGCGAAACACUCGCUUUAUUUGCGAUCUCUCUCUCUCUCUCUCUCUCUCUCUCUCUCUCUCUCUAUCUCUAUCUAUCUCUCUCUCUCUCUCUCUCUCUCUCUCUCUCUCUCUCGCAGCGAGACUCCACGCUGAGAAAUCCGCGCGGAGAGCAGCGUCACCGCGGUUUCCGCAGCCCUCGGCGGAGGCAGGAGGAGAACGGCGAUCCUGUUCGGUGCGGCGCCUCACGGCGAUUAGAAACAUCUUUCUUAUCCCUUUCAGGCAGGGUGCAAAACAGUCGUCCAACAUGAUAUAACGCUUACGAUUAAACGUUAUUGAAGAGUAGCGCGUGCGAGGCGCGUAGCUCACAGCGGCGGAGCUACCGCCGCACGCCUACAGCCCUGAUGCAAGAAGGAUUUAGACGAGCACUGUGGCAUGACUACCUUAUAUUUCCCUUUCAGGCAGGGUGAGACACGAUUAAUACGAUUUUAUAAGAAUAGCGGCGUAGAAUAUAACUGGCCCGAAUUAGAGUUAAAGAAACCACGUGUUCACGUGCUAGAAACUUACCGGGGUGCCGGACAAGCGCUCUCGCAGCUGACACCUCGCCCCCGCGUUCCUUAAUGGGCGCGCUCGCUCCUCCAAAAUAAUAUCUCACGCGGGGAGAUAUUAAUUUGGCGACGAGCUCUCCGCGUCGUUCACAAGGCGCUACGCUCGGCGAGCGAACAGCCGAAAGCGAGCGUGAAGCAGAAGAGCCGGAACGCCGUCGGUGACUCGGCCGACGUUAUUGUGCGCAGCCAGGUUGUCGCGCGAGAGCGCAUUAUAUUUUAAUAAGCUACACCUUAACUCGAGUGUCAAGUAUGUUCACGCUAUUGCACGACUCUCUACAUGUCCCUUUGAGGCAGGGUUUAAGACUAAUCGAAUUCGCACUUCGGCAUAUAUCGAGAUUUCUACAGUGUAGAAGUUUGCAAUAUACGUUGACAAUAAAGACUCACCGUUUUGGAACCGUAACUAUAUACAACUCGACAGAGUGUCGACUUCUCCUCGCCGCAUGUCCCUCCCUCCCCGGCCGCGACUCCUUCGCGGUGACUCGCGCUCCGCUCGCGGAGCUGUCAGGAGCGCUCCGGGAACUCGAGAGCCACUCCAGCACCUUGAACGCUAGAACUAUCAGAGCGGUCGAGAGAGCGACUGGCUUGUGAUAAACUUGUGGAAACUUAUUAGACGGUGCGCGUUUCUCACGCCCGUCAGUCGACGUCGAGCGAAAACCAGCCAGAGGAAACGACCACCACUUUUCUGUCGUUCGUGAAAAUGUCUCGUCAGUCGAUGACUGAUCCGACGGUAGUGACGGUAGACGGUAGACGGUAGUUCGCGGCGUUAGCGAAUCAAUGAAGACGAGAGACUCCGCAAACCGGACAACUAGUAUGUAUAUUUUUUGCAUUAUAAUAACCGUUAUUACAUAAACGUUAUUACAAUAUAGAAACAUAAAUUUUUAUAAUAUCUCAUCCAUUAACAUCUCACAACGCCUCGCUAUGGUACACACACCUCUCGUGGUCGAGAUUAUUAUUACUACUACUGCUACAAUCCCUGGCGUGAAAUCUCGUCAGCG